AUGGGAGCGUGCUCAAGCAAUCCUAAAAGAAAAUAUGCGUCAAAAAGAGGUAGUUAGAGUACCUUUAACAAAACACAAGAAGUUUCUACAAUAAAAUCGAACAAAAGUCUUCAGAAACAAAGAACAAAUUUUAAAGUUGCUCCCAAUAUCUUUAUAUCAUUGAAAAGUGGGAGCAUAUUAACCUAUUAUAAAGUAUAAUCAACCUUAGGGGAAGGAACCUAUGGACGAGUGAGCUUGGUAAUGCAAAAAUCAACUUAGAUACUUCGGGCAAUGAAAUAGAUCGCGAAGGAUAAAAUACUAGUAAGUUAAAGGGAUAAAAUGAUAUAAGAAGUAAACAUUUUAAAAAAUCUUGAUCAUCCAAACAUAGUUAAUAUUUAUGAGCUCUAUCAAGAUGAACAUCAGUAUUAUUUGAUCACUGAGUAUUUAAGUGGUGGAGAACUAUUUUCUAGAGUUUAACAAAGAAAUAAUUUUAAUGAGAAGGUUGCUGCCAAUUAUAUGAAACAAAUUUUAAGUGCAGUGAAUUAUUGCCAUCAAAGAAAUAUUGUUCAUAGAGAUUUGAAACCUGAAAAUAUCUUAUUUGAUUCCAAGAAUUCUGACGACUGUCUUAAGAUUAUUGAUUUUGGGACAGCCAAAUAGUUGGAGCAAAAUUCUUAAUUAAAAUAAAAAAUAGGAACUCCCUAUUUCAUUGCUCCUGAGGUUAUUGAUCAGAAUUAUAACAGCAAAUGCGAUAUAUGGUCAUGUGGAGUCAUUCUUUAUACCCUUAUGUCAGGCAAGGCUCCUUUUAAUGGGGCCAGUAUUAAUGACUUAUAUAAGAAUAUUAAAUCAGGACAAGUCGAUUUUAAUGGUGAUGAAUGGAAAGAGGUGUCCGAAUAAGCAAAGAGUUUUAUCUUAAAAAUGCUAACAGUAGAUCCAGGGAAAAGAAUUUCAGCUGAAUUGGGAUUGAAAGAUCCGUGGAUAGUUAGCAAUUAGAGAAUUGAUAAAAUCAAUCCUAAAAAUCUUUAAAAUCUUGAAUCUUUUCAUAAUAAAAGUAAACUUAGUUCUGCAAUCUUACAAUUAAUCUCAACCUAAAUUAUGAAUUCAAAAGAAAAAAAAGAAUUAAUAGAAGGAUUCAAAGCGAUUGACAAAAAUGGCGAUGGAAAGUUAAGUAAAGAAGAACUUACCUAAUGUUAUAUGAAUUUAUACUAAGAUGAAAUAAAAUGUUCAUAAAUUGUGGAUAAAAUCUUUCGAACUGUGGAUCUUGAUCAUUCAGGAACGAUUGAUUAUACUGAAUUUAUAAUUGGUUAUACAGAAAUGCAAAACCUCAUGGCUAAAGAGAAACUGGAAACAGCAUUUAAAUUAUUUGAUAAGGAUGGAAAUGGCAUCAUAACUAAACAAGAACUUAAGGAAAUUUUAGGUGGAUUAAAUUUGCAAGACAAUCAAUGGGAAAAUGUGUUCAUGGAAUUAGACACAAAUGGUGAUGGUGAAGUUUCUUUUUAAGAGUUUACAUCACUUAUAUUAAGAGACACCAAAUAAAAGUGA